GUCACGGAUGGUUACGAGGCGUCCUAUCACACGAAGUGUUUCUCGGAAGCGAACGAAUCAGAAAAAUCAACGGAUAGUAGGACACAACGUUCGCCAGACAAUUCCUCUAUUGCGCAGCAAUAGAAUGCGAGCGUAUCGUUUCAACGAAUACCUUGACGAAAGAUGCGAAGCGUUUAACAGUGGUUAGCUAAGUGUUCCCUUGUUCCAGUCUUCUUGUCUAUAGUGGUAUACAUGAGUGCGCGUACACAAGCAGCCAGUGCGGUGCACUAGGCGGUGAUAAAAUCAUUUUUCUACGUGCCCUCGAAUUGUGUCGUGUUUAGGACGGUGUCGUGCGAAGGUCGUGGACAUUUUCGAGAUCGUUCGAGAAGCUCGCGCCCCGUAAGCACGUUACGAAAAGGUUAAAACGUAAGGUGGACGAUCCUCCUUGGAAAGCCUCGGUAAAAUGGCGGUGAUCGGUACUCCGAUUGGCGCUAAGCGAUAGAAGAGGAUCGCGUUCCGUUCGCGUUCGCCAAGUUUUGUUUUGAUUCAGUUCGAGAUAUAUAAUCGCGGAAACCGGUCGAUUCGUGUCGCCCCGUCGAAUCGUUCGCCCCCUCGGCCCUGUUUUAAUCGUUCUGAGAAAUUUAAGACUGGCGUCCCGUUAACGGAGAUAAUAAAUCCACUCGAGAGGACGAUCAAGGUGGUAAGAACCACCGACGGAACGGUUCCCGACGGCCGCGAUGCCGCAUCGUUCCGACCUCGAAUUUAUCGAAAGGCCGAACGACAAGGACGACUCUAUCAAAUCUUCGUCGGCUUAUCUAUAGAUCUUAAAUUUGCAAAGGAAGCCAUCAUCUGCCAAAAUGAAAAUUGACAGGAGCAGAUUGAAAAAGUGCACUUCCGAAGCGCCGCCAGAAUGCCAGGCGCUUAUAAGCAAGCUAUGCUCAUGCUCUCAUGCAGAAUUGCUAGAGGAGCUGAAGCAAAUAUAUGCAUGGACCGUUGGCAAAUGUGAACUGUUCCAUUGGAUUGAUGUGUUAGAUCUUAGCGACAGCAUUUUGGAAGAAGCGGCGGCGAGAAGUCCGGAUAAUCCAUGGGAACUAGCCUGUGAUCUGCCUCAGAAUAGAGAGGCAAAAGAACUUCUUCUUUGGGUUCUUCACUUCACAACACUGUUGAUUGAACACUCGUUUUCACGGCAUUUGUACAACAGUAUGGAACAUCUGGUGUCAUUGUUAUCGAGCUGCGAUAUGAACGUUGUUCUUUGUGUAUUAAAUCUUCUUUACAUGUUUAGUAAACGUAGUAAUUUUAUUACACGUUUAAACAGUGAUAAGAGGCAAGCUUUAAUAAAUAGGCUUAAUCACCUAGCAGAGAGCUGGGGUGGUAAAGAAAACGGUUUUGGUUUGGCGGAGUGUUGUAAAGAAUACCCAGAUGAGCCACUUCCAGCGAGUGCCACGACGUUGCAUUUCGAAUUUUACGCAGAGAAUACCAACGCGCCGGAUGCAUCAGACGCCGCAUCGAAUUCUGGUACAAAGAAACUUGGACAGACGAACUUCGUAACAUGUAUACACAUAGAAAAUGUGGAUAAAUUUGGUAAAACACCGGCACAAAUAAUGAACGAUCUAUUGAAAGUCUACAAUGUACCCCAAGAUCGACAGAUGGCGCUAUUCACACAUAUAAGACUGGCACACAGUUUUUCCGACUAUCGAAGACGUCUGCAGUGCGUUCAAGCUCGGCUGCAAGCAUUAUCGGUACUUGUAUAUAGUAACGCGCUCCAAGAAAAUGCACAUAGUUUACUGCAUGCUGGACUUUUAGAAGAAUUAGUCGAACUAUUGGAACUUCCACACGCACAUCUCGUUGAAAUGCGUGCAGCAGCACUGCGGACUCUUACUAGCAUCAUUCAUUUAGAUCGUAAUCCACAUUUUCCCAAGAAACCUGGUUCAAGGUUAAACAUGAUAAUCGACGUCACAGGAGCCAGAUCGUAUCACGGAUUUUUUCCUGUAUCGAUUCGCACGUGUAUCUCGCAGUUAAUUUCACCUCCAACCGAUGGGAAACCUUUUCCAUUACCGCUUGCCACAGCAUUGUUCAGCUUUCUUUACCAUCUCGCUAGCUACGAAGCCGGAGGCGAAGCUCUCAUCAGCUGUGGAAUGAUGGAAAGCUUGCUAAAAAUUAUGAACUGGCCUGGUACCGAGCUAGAACACAUAACGUUUGGAACAAGGGCAGUCCGCGUAAUAGACUUAAUAACGAACAUAGACAUGCAAGCGUUUCAAGCUCACAAUGGCCUAGCGUGCUUCAUUAAUCGCAUCGACAUGGAAGUGAACGUUUGCAAAAAGGAGCAGCCGUUCGAGAUAGAACCGUUUCUUUAUCAAGACAACCCGCAGUCGUCUCGCGAAAGAUCCAUAGAGAGGGACGACGAUUCCGCAGCUUCGCGACGUUUAACCGAGCCGUACGACGAGCGCGAGGAAUCGUCCAAUCCGAUGGAAUUCUCGGAAGACGAAAAUAUGAGCUCGAAGGCGGAGGACAAGAGUGAACAAAUACAGGAUUAUUCUGCCGUAAAAACUGGAAAAACUUGUCUGCCGCAGCGUGCCGCGCUUUUAAAAUCAAUGUUAAAUUUUGUAAAGAAAACUAUACAAGAUCCGGCUUUUUCUGACAGCAUUAGACACGUUAUGGAGGGCACUUUACCCUCGUCUCUGAAGCACAUUAUAAGUAAUUCGGAGUAUUACGGGCCUUCACUCUUUCUGCUCGCCACGGACGUUGUCACGGUAUACGUUUUCCAAGAGCCGUCGUUGUUGUCGUCUCUGCAGGAUAAUGGAUUGACUGAUAUCGUGUUACAUGCUUUACUUAUUAAAGAAGUUCCUGCCACUAGAGAAGUUCUAGGAUCAUUACCCAACGUGUUCAGCGCCCUGUGUUUAAAUCAGCGCGGAUUAGAGUCGUUCGUGAAACGACGUCCGUUCGGGCGUUUGUUCAAAGUGCUCUUGUCGCCGGUCUAUCUAUCCGCGAUGAGACGACGUCGAAGCGCGGAAGCUUUGGGCGAUACGGCGACGAACCUAGGGAAUGCGAUGGAUGAGUUAAUGAGGCAUCAACCGAGCUUGAAAGUUGACGCGAUCGGCGCUAUCAUAAAAUUACUAGAGAAACUCUGCGUCUUGGGUUGCGAUCCUCGGUACAUAUGCCUGCGAGCCACGAGUAAAUCCGACAAUUCGCCAUCGAAUUCGGCGUCUGGAAGUCGUCAGUCUGGGGGACAAUCCGUCGGAGUCGGAGUCGGUGACUCUGGGGGCGGUGGAGGCGGCGGAGGCGGAAGCAGUAGCGACGAAGAAGAGGAGGACGAGGAAGAAGCCAGCACGAGCUCUCAUCCUCAGCGCGAGGAACAACCUUCGCCAUCCUCCGCGCAACCUGGCCCGCCUCCUCAGCCCAGAGAAAAGACUCCGAUAGCUCUGGUGGAAUACAUACACAACGUCAUGAAAUUCGUCGACGCUAUUCUCAGUAACAAUUCCACCGACGAUCAUUGCAGAGAAUUCGUUGCCCAAAAAGGCCUCGUGCCGUUGCUAUCCAUCCUAGGGCUACCGAAUCUUCCAGUAGACUAUCCAGUCGCGCAAGCUGCUCAAGCUGUAGCCUCAGUUUGUAAAAGUAUCUUGAAUCUUGCGCACGAACCCUUGGUCCUUAAAACCGGCUUGUCCCAGCUAAACGAAGUCUUGAACCUGUUGAAACCGCUCCACAGUCACAUGGAAACGCCAGGAGGUUCCGUUUUGUUACACGAACUCGCGUCCGCUCCGAAUUUGGAGACAGCUUUCACGAGCGACACAGCGACACCUUUGCUCCAUGCUAUGAACGCUGCCCACGGAUACGUGGUGAUGUUCGUUCACGUGUGCCGAACCAGUCAAAGCGAAGUCAGGAAUCUAUCUAUGAAUCACUGGGGUUCGGAGCUUGGCUUGGCUGUUCUGAAAGGUCUCUCCGAGCUGUACAUGUCCUUGGUUUGGGAGAGCACGCUGCUGUUGGCGCUCUGCAGCGAAGACACUAUUCCCGCUGGCUGUGACUUUGGAAAAGAGGACAUGGAUAAAUUGGUCCCACCUGAAUUGAAGAACGAUGGCGAAACUUCUGGCUGGUCAGGUGGUGUAUCCUCAGAUAUGGGAAGUAAUGGAAUGACUACAGCCAUGGAAGCCUUGAGUACAGAUCCACCACCUGUACCCAUGGAGGUGGACGAUAAACCAAACGUUGGUACAGGAAGAGCGUCUCCGAGUUCUCAUCAGCUCAAGUACAUUAAACCAUUGCUGGGUGCCUCGUCGAGACUGGGAAGAGCACUAGCAGAAUUGUUUGGUCUACUUGUGAAGCUUUGCAUGGGUUCUCCAGUCAGACAACGCAGGGGACAGUACAUGCCUCCAACGCCAACUCUUCCUUCGCAAGCAGCUAGAAGCGUAGCAACAGCAUUAAAUUGUUUAUUAACACGCGGAUUGACCUGGGAUAUACUACCUCCGUCACCGAUACCUAAGUUCAAAUUGACUUUCUUGAUAUGCUCUGUAGGUUUCACGUCUCCCAUGCUAUUCGAUGAAAAGAGGCAUCCGUAUCACUUGAUGCUUCAAAAGUUUGUCAAGCUGGGCGGACAAAAUGAAUUUUUUAACACUUUCCAUUGGGCUUUGUCUGGAGGCGGACAGUUUCCAUUAUCGGAAGGAUUAGAGCAUCCGAACUUGCCCGAUGGCACUGGAGAAUUCUUAGACGCGUGGCUCAUGCUUUUGGAGAAAAUGGUGAAUCCCAAAGCUAUCCUGGACUCGCCUCACGUAGUUUCUACAAAAUGUACGGGAAUAUACAAGGUGUACGAAUUCGAUCCAAUAAAAUACCUCACUGAUAUUCACAAGAAAGCCUUCGAGGCAGUGAUGCUAAUGUGGGGUAAGAAACCAUUGAAGAACUACGGAGCUCGUAUGACGGAAUCAAUUUUAUCCAUCUUACGACACAUUCUGCGAGGCGAGAAAAUCAUCAAGGAACGCGCAGAAAAGAAGGAAGAGAAUACUGAAGGAGCGAAUACCAGCAGCACCAGCGGUGGUACUAGUGGAAUUGGAAGGACUGGAACAAUAACUGAUCGCAGAGAAGAACCAGAAGCGGAUCUGUUAAACUUGGAACACCUCAGACAACUGAUGGAUAUGGGUUUCAAUAGAGCAGACUGCAUAGAAGCUUUGCUUCAUACGUUGUCGGUCGAGCAAGCUACGGAUUAUCUUCUCACUAAUCCCGCUACAUUGCGCAGAUCAGAUGUCCCCGCGGGCGAUGGAAGUGGACAGGGUCUGAUAAUGGACUUGGAAUUGGUCGACGACGAUCAAAUAAUGCACGCGAUAGCGAUGUCGCUCGGAGAAGCGGAAACGCGAAAGGUUUCUGGCCCGGAAGAACCUACUCGCGAGAUCACUCUAACAGAAAGCAUAGAUGAAUUUACAAAUAGCGCUUUAAGUCAGUGUUUGAACUUGUUAGACCUCAUGCCUGACACCGUGUAUAGAAUCUGCGAUUUAUUGGUUACCAUUACUAAGAGGAACGGAGACGAAUGGCGCACUAAUAUGUUGCUACAGCUCAUGAAUGAGAUCGGCAGUCUGGUAGAUUAUUUAAUCGACAUCACUCAGAGCCCGUAUCCGACCGCAGGUGCGCGAUUAGUAGAAUGCGAGGAAGCCAACAAGUUCGCUGGACGCAUCUACCUUUUCACAUUGUUUUUCGAGGGAACGUUCAAAGAAAUGCAAGUGCCCUGCGCUCUGAUGGUCCAAGAAUUGGACAUGUUCGACUUGUUCGUACGAUUGUUAGUAGCGAGCGAAGGGCCGCUCACGGCGAAUAAAAACAAACCCAUUAAAGAUAACAAUAAAAAUGCGACCCCGACUACGAACACUCCGAAAUGGCUGGCGCCUUUAUUGUUGCUUAUAGAUCGAUUGGAAAAAGUAGCGAUAUUUACUAAGAGGCAAUUACUGAUGCACAGGGUAACGAGACAUCAGUGGAAGUGGUUUGACAUAAGCUCAGGAAAGUGGACGUUGUAUUCCCCGGUAAAUAAUCAAAUAAUCAACGACGCGUAUUGGGCUGGCGAAUCCAGCACAAGAAUCACGUGCGGCAGGCGAAGAUAUCUCAUCAACUUUUCUUCCAUGACACAAGUGAACGAGGAAAGCGACAAUAGAAGACCCAUCACGAUGGAUUUCAAAUAUUACCGAACCGAAGAUGGCGGAUUCGGUCCCGAAUGGAAAAUGGACACGGACGAGAGCGAAACAGAGGAGGGUCGAAACACGUUCGAGCACGGAUUGAAUCCUCACCAAGCUCCGGACAUCAUCCGCACCUGUGUGAAAUUGUUAGCCAUCCCAGUGGACCGAGACGCCCUGCACGCCUUGAUGAAGGUUUGCCUUCGACUCACGAGGCACUACGAGAAGGCAAAGAUAUUUGCUCGCGAGGGCGGCGUGAAGCUUCUCCUGGAAAUGACACAGGCGAGUAGCUUCAUAGGAUGCGUCCCUCUGAGUACUCUGUUGAUACGUCACACCUUGGAGGAGCCGCGUACUCUUCGACUGGCCAUGGAAAAGGUCAUUCGGACUCGUACCCAGGGCAACAUUCCCCCGACGUACAAAGAGAUCCUAUUCAUGACGCGUCAAAUCAGCAGCGCCGUUUGUCGUAGCCCUGAGGUCUAUCAAGAGGUCUGCAAGAACAUCUUGAGAGUCGACGUCAAUUUACUGAGAAGAGAGGACGCUGAUAAUAGAUUGAUCGUAAGGGCUCUGCAUCCACGGCAUUCUCCGGCUCUGCCAAUGGUGGAAGAUGUCUCCGUGUCGGUCGUUCGCGACCUACUGAACGCUCUUAUCAAACCCAUGCCAAUUCUUCCCGACGAUACUACAGCUACACCCACGGGUAGUCCAGAAAAGAAGACUACUCACUCCAGUUCUACCGUGGCAACAACGUCCACCCGUCGAGACGUUCUGAGGAACAACGCCACAACGACGAACGAUCCCCUCGACGACGACGACCAAGUCUCCCACAUAAUACCACUGAAGAUUUACCCAGACAUCGGCACCAACGGCAAGGUCGAGCCAGAAGAAGCUAAGAAACCGUUGCUGGCGAAGUCUGCUAUACUGAAGAUUCUAGCGGAAGCUGUUCGUUCUUACGGCGCGGUGGCGUGCUUGAUCACGGAUCACGUGUAUCGGGCAGGUCAGAGCGAGAUGGUGACCGAAGAUACGACAGCUCUCGCCUUUCUUUUGGACAAGCUCUUGCCAAUGUUGCCAGAGAAUUCCAGCGAUAGACAAUGCAGCAGCAUGGCCAGGAUGUUAAUUGCUGCGAUUGCUUCUUGCAACCACUCCUCGGACGCCCAGACGACUCUGGUCACCGAGGUGAAGGCUGCUCUAACGAGAACCCUGACGCUCCCAGAAAGCUCUGAGAAACACGCCCAGCUUCAACUGUUGAUCGGUUUGAUCUCCACGAUGAUCGAUAGCUGCCCUCCACCGAACCCAACUCACCAAUUGAGGGCCUCUUUGAAGACUCAUCAGUACAACAACGUUAACUACAUCGUCAGGCUCAUGUUGAGGAAGGGAAUAAUCACGGAUCUAGCGAAGAUUCCCCAUAGCUUGGAUCUAUCGAGCCCAAACAUGGCUGGUACCAUCAACGCUGCUUUAAAACCGCUCGAGACACUGUCGAGAACCAUAAACCAACCCAUGCCGGGCACCGUGAGCAAUCAAUUCUCGAAACCAAAAAGCAGGACCGUCCAGGAAGAGCCUAUCGGGGAACAGACGGGUACCACGACGUCCGAAGCGACUCAUGCCGUCGGAGAGGAAGUAAACGAGGACGCGGAGAACACCGAACACGAUAUAUCCGUCACUGCUGAGAGCCUCGAGCCUACUUCCGAGAGCCAAGUGCACGAAGAAGGGGACGAAGCUGCUCUGGAAGAGAUCAUGGAUCAACUUCUGGAAAGUGUACUGUUUUCCAGGGACGGGUCCGCCGUGGCGGAGGAGCAGUCCUCUAGGCCUCACAGACCAAUGGAUAUCGACGACGAGAGUCUCGCUAUACACGACGGGGAAGCUGAUUUCGACCCGACACGAGACACCACAGUAAGAGAGGAUCUGAUGAGCUCCGACUCGGACUCCGACAGUAAUCCAUCCGACGACAACGAAGACGAAGUACAGGACGACGAAGAUGAAGAAGAGGAAGAAGAGGACGAUGGGGAAGAAAAUGAAGAGGAAGAGGAGGAGGAAGAAGAUGGAUCGUCUAAUUACGAAGAGGAUGGAAUAGAAUUUUACGAGGACGUCGGAGAGAAUAGCGUUUUCAGAAUGUUCCCAUCGACUGAACGCGACGGUAGCAACGUUGUCAUGAUUCAACACAGUAUCGACAAUCAGGACAACGUGAAUUCGUCCACUCCUGUUACACCGCGACCUAGUAUUCCUUGGAGUACAACGUUUCCUUUACCUCUGGGACUUUUCGAAGAACCUCCCUCAGUCUCCGAAGCCAAUGGUAUUAACCCGCAUCCGUUGCUAAUACCAUCUCCUAGUACAAGGGCCCAGAGAGCCAUGCGACAACGAAGGUAUCAGUAUCUUCAUUUAACGAACCCACGAAAUCCGAAUCCGCCUGUAAUAUUGCAAAGACUCUUAGGCCCAGCCGCGCAAGCGCUUCCCUUGUCCGCGAGUCAAGUUCUGGCCUCGAGUUUCAGAGACACGCGUGUUGUCGUAAUGGACAACGGGCUUGGUAUACUCACUAAUCAAGAAGAGGAACAAAUAGACUUUGUGGAUCAAUCUGGCUAUCUUUUCGGGCCCAGUCUUGCAGCCACGUUGAACAAUAUUCCAACCGCGUUGCAUUGGUGGAUCGAGGAGAGUAAAUUGUUAGACGGAGACUCUCAGCCAGAUUGUUGCGUUGGCGUUGUACAUAAACUAAUCCCUUAUCUGGAGAUACGCAGAAACGCUGUCCUAGCGGAGCGAAAGGAGAGACGUAAGAAGCAACACAGUUCCGAGAAGAAAGAUGAGAAAGAUGGCAAAGAGGAAAAAGAUCACCUAAAUAACACGGAAUCUGGUUCUUCUGCCGUGAUACCCAUGGAAGAGCAAAGGUCAACAGCGUCAACAUCUCAGAGAGAAGACGCGAAUAAUCUCGUCACCGGAUUCGAAACGUCCGUCGAAACAACUCGGCAAGAACGCACCCCAGACGAGGACAUAAUCGACGUAACGGGUGAAAUGGAGGUGACGGUUCAAGAGGACGAGGAAAGACCUCCGCCGCCUCCACCACCCGAGGAACAAUCGUCGGAACCCAGGGAUCCCCAAAUAAGUACUCUGGAGAUAGCGGAAACGCGCAGAAUAAGACCAACGGAUCGCGUCGCCGAAGGAUCCAACGCCAACGAGGCGUCUAGUCGAUCCAUCGUCAACGAGGCGUCUAGUCGAUCCAACUCGUCAAUAGUGGUUGAUUUUAGUCAAGAAGGUAACGAAGAUUUGUCGAGAGAAAGUGGUGACUCGUCUGAAUGGAUCAGAAUGCUUUUAGCCAAUGACAGUCAGUCGAACGUUGAACGAAACGCAAAUGUUCUUAAUCAAGAUCCCACCACUUCAGCGUCAGAAAACAUUAACCCAGAAACGACAGAACCGCAGCAGCAACAACAGCCCCAGCAACCGGAGCAACCGCAACCGUCGCAACAGCAGCAGCAACAACAGCAACAGCAGCCUCAGGAACAACAAUUACCCGAUGGCGUGGAUCCGUCAUUCUUGGCUGCACUACCUGAAGACAUGCGCGAUGAGGUUAUAGCCGAACAGCUCAGACUUCAACGAAUUCGGCAACGAGCGCAGGCAACCGUGGUCGAAGAAUUAGCAGGACCGGUCGAGGUUAAUCCAGAAUUUUUAGCUGCUCUGCCACCAGCGAUCCAAGAGGAAGUUCUCGCUCAGCAACGUCUUGAACAACAACGGCACGCUGCUGCAUCCGCCAAUCCGGAAGAUCCCGUCGACGCGGCUGCUUUCUUCCAGAAUUUACAGCCUUCUCUUCGACAAGCAAUUUUGACCGACAUAGAGGAAUCGCAAAUAUCCGUUCUUCCGCCCGACUUAGCCCAAGAAGCUCAGAACCUCAGGAGGGAGUGGGAAGCUCGAAAUCGACACAUGAUGCAGGAAAGAUUUCUUAACCACGUUAGUCAGGAGCACGCAACCUUGUCCAGCAUAUUAAGGAGCACCGGUGGAGGUAGAACUGGCGCCACGCGUUAUUCGAUCCACGCGGUUGCGCAAAGAGGCCAGUGGAGUCCGUGGAACGUACGUGGCGAUUCUAGCAUAACGCAUCAGGGAGCAGGCUUGCGACUCAGGGGCAGACAAUUGCUGGACCAUGAGUCCAUGGCCUGUCUACUGGUAUUACUGUUUGUUGAUGAACCAAAAAUUAAUACGUUAAGGCUUCAUAGAGUUAUCAGGAAUCUUUGCUAUCACGGUAGCACAAGGGAGUGGGUAGUUAAAGCCUUACUAAGUAUCAUGGAAAGAAGUAACGACGAGAAUAAAGAUAUCGCCGCGGAUUUCGGCGGAAAAUUCAAAAGGAAAAGCUUGAUGUCCACGAUGGACUACCAUAUCCCCAAUAUCUUCGACCAAAGAAACAACGCACAAUCAUGGAUAAACAUCAGCAUCGACGCCGCGCUUGGAUGUAGAGCGAACGUCUUUCAAAUCGUCAGACACGGUGUGAAAAAGUCGGCGAGACAAGGCAGCAGUAUCGCCAUUCAUCCCCAAGCCGCGCCCACGGUGUGCAGGCACACGUUGGAUUUGUUGAUAUCACUGGCGAAAGGUUUCCCCGGAUACUUCGUGCCGCUCAAGUCCAAGGAGGCGGAGGAAAAGGAAGGAAACAAAGAGAAGGAUUCGAGUAACAAAGAAGAGCCUGGUUCGAAGAACAAAUCCGCCUCGAAGCCUGGUAAAAGCGAUCAGCCAGACUUCUGGGAUAUGCUCUUGAAACUAGACUCGUGCGCGUCGAAGAAAGGAAAGUCGGUGGCUAGGACGCAUUCGAAUUCGAACCUAGGAAACGAGCCGGAGUGCAGUACGACCACUUUCGAGGCCUCUGCUUUCGGUCAAUUGAUCUCUAUGCUGAACUGGACGGUCAUCAAGCGCAGCAGUCAGUUGACGGAUAAACUGUUGAGACUGCUGUCGCUGAUCUCGAUUGGACUGACAGAAGUGAAUCCAUAUCGCAGGCAGGAAGGAAAUAAGAACAAGAAGACGGACGUGAACAAGGAACAGAGCGUCGCCGCGCCCGAGGAACACCUCAGAUUGGCUGUACAAGUGCUAACCAGCAAGAGCUGUUCGGAGGAGGGACUCGAGGAUGCAACUGCUCUGCUGCUUAACCUGUCCCAUUGUCCUGAUCCCACUAGGCAACUGAUAUUAAAACUAUUAAUGGAAGGUGCCAUGGAACUGGCUAAUAUGGUUUGCGAGCAUAUAAAUGAUUUAAUGAUGGAAUUGAAAGUUCUGAAUCACGAAAUAAGAAGGACUUACAUCGACGAGCAACCUUCGACCAGUACCGGGGGUUCGCGUGGAAUUCUCAUGGAUAGGUUUACAAACGAAAACGUAAUAGUCACUGCACCGAGCAAGGUCAAAGCUGGAAGUGACCUUCAGCUACCAUCAAUGGCUGCCCUUGUUAGCAAAACUUCUAGUCAGGCAUUCUUCUUAAGAAUACUUAAAGUGAUUGUACAGAUAAGGGAAGCUGUACGUUUAGCGAACACUAAGAAAACAACCAAUCAAACCACAGAAGGUACCGGAGAUGCUGCUAGCACGACUCAAGCUCCAGAAGCAGGUGACGAAAAUGCCGACGCUGACGUGCCUAUGGAUACAACGCAAGCGAACUCGUCUCAGUCUGAAAAUGCGAAACCAAGUACCACAUCUAAUGCUGAAGAAAAGCUGCCGUUAUUGAGUGAAAGUUUAGUCCUGGAUCAUUUGUGGGAAACACUCAGCGCUUGUCUAUUGGAAUUGGAAUACACUCCCGACCAUCACGCUGUUUUAGUUUUGCAGCCUGCGGUGGAGGCGUUUUUCCUGGUACACUCGUCGCUGAGUACCUCUCGCGAGCGUCAGAUGAGUACAAACGCGGAAACGCGCGAGGUUGUUCCCGACUUGGCGCCAGUCUCGCCAAUUUAUUCAGACAACGAAGGCACAUCUCAGUCGGAAACUACCAAUACAUCCUGGGACAUGACUCCGCCGCCUCAGAAGACGCUACCACCGGACCAACUCAAGUUCCUCAAAUUUGCUGAAACGCACAGAACCGUUCUAAACCAAAUUCUUCGUCAAACAACCACGCAUCUCGCGAACGGACCAUUCUCUGUGUUGGUGGAUCACACGAGAGUCCUCGAUUUUGACGUGAAAAGACGGUACUUCCGCGCGGAAUUGGAACGAAUGGACGAAGGUAUACGCAGAGAAGAAUUGGCUGUGCACGUUCGCAGAAGUCACGUCUUCGAGGAUUCCUUCAGAGAACUCCACAGACGAAACGCGGACGAGUGGAAGAAUCGAUUUUACAUCGUCUUCGAAGGCGAGGAAGGUCAGGAUGCCGGUGGAUUGCUCAGAGAGUGGUACGUCAUCAUUUCCAGAGAAAUCUUCAAUCCCAUGUACGCUCUGUUCACCGUGAGCCCUGGUGAUCGAGUAACAUACAUGAUAAACUCCUCUUCGCAUUGUAAUCCCAAUCACUUGUGUUAUUACAAGUUCGUCGGUCGAGUUAUCGCUAAAGCAAUCUACGACAACAAGCUCCUGGAAUGUUACUUCACUCGUAGUUUUUAUAAACACAUUUUGGGAAUACUGGUGAAACACACGGACAUGGAGAGCGAAGAUUAUAGUUUUUACAAGGGGCUCGUGUAUCUCACGGAACACAAUAUCGCUGAUCUUGGAUACGAAUUGACCUUCUCAACAGAGGUGAACGAAUUCGGUGUAAAUGAUGUACGCGAUUUAAUACCAAACGGACGCAACAUCAUCGUCACCGAAGAAACGAAGUUAGAGUACAUCCGGCUUGUCUGUCAGAUGAAAAUGACCGGAGCAAUUCGUAAACAAUUGAACGCGUUCCUAGAAGGUUUUUACGACAUAAUUCCAAAACGACUGAUCUCCAUAUUCAACGAGCAGGAACUGGAACUGUUAAUUAGUGGAUUACCUAAUGUAGAUAUCGAAGAUCUUAAAGCCAAUACCGAGUAUCAUAAGUAUAGCGCAACUUCUUUACAAAUUCAGUGGUUCUGGCGCGCGCUGCGAGGUUUCGAUCAGGCAGACAGAGCUAAAUUUUUACAAUUUGUCACUGGAACUUCGAAGGUACCCUUGCAAGGUUUCGCCGCCCUGGAGGGAAUGAAUGGUGUACAAAAGUUUCAAAUUCACCGCGAGGACAGAUCGACAGACAGGCUUCCGUCAGCUCACACAUGUUUUAAUCAACUGGAUCUACCCGUGUACGAAACGUACGACAAGCUUCGCAUGAAUUUACUGAAAGCUAUCCACGAGUGCAGCGAAGGUUUCGGUUUCGCUUAAAUUCUAGCAAAGUCGAGCGAACCUUGCGUGACAUUUUGUAUGGGGUGAAUCGAAGAGCGAAGGGUGUGAAGCGGGAAAAAAACAAUGGAGAGAAGGAAGAAUCGAGAGAGGGAGUAAAAAUAUAGAAAAGUUGCUAAAGAAUUGUAAAAGUACCGUGAGAACGUAUCGAUCUUCGCUCAAGAUCUAGUAUAUAAAUGUUUACUCCGCUAUAUACAUAUUAAAACUAAAAAGGCGUAUGUAUAUACGUAUAAUUAACAAUGUAAUUACCGAUGAUUCGUCGCUAGAGUUUAUUUUGUUGAACGAUCUUAAAGAGAGAGAGAGAGAUGCAGAGAACUUAACGAUAAUUCCCGACCGAAAGGAAAACUUAAUCGGACACUUUAGUUAAGGACCUUUACGAUUAAGGUUAACUGAUAAGGUACUCGGUGUAAUUCAUCGUUAAGAGAAAGCUGCGGGCUGAAGUAAAUGUAAUAUAAAUUGCGACUUGGUAGCCAGGAGCUCUCUUAAUUAAAGGUUUUCGAGAGAAGAGAUAAUCGAAUAGGUUUUUGCCAGAACGAACGAGGGCAAAGGAGGAACACACACAAAAGAAGAAGAAUAAGCGACGGAAGUGUGCCUGGUAAUCUGAAUACGUGUUUAUUUCCUUAUAUGCGUGAAAGAAAGAGAUUGCAAGGAGCUAGAAUACGUGAGCACUUGUGCGUGUAUGGCAAGCGCGCAUGUGUGUGCAUGGGUGUGAUCAGAAUGAAAGAAUAAUUAUUCAAGAAACCGAUUAGACACGAGCCUAAAUACGAAAAAAAACAAACAUUUCAUGAUGUUAUAUCCUUACGCCCGCAACAACAAAAAAAAAAAACAAGAAAUAA